AUGGCUUCAGUAGGAGCAUCUGCAGUGCUGGGAGCGGAUGUGACCCUGAAGCCUGGUGCCUCCGUGACUCCUUUCACGGCACAGCCCUUUCCCCCGCCCACUACUGGCCCCACCCACUGGUCCCCUAGGGAGCAGCACCUGCCGCCCCUCAGGACCCCGUCAUUCCCUCCUGGCCGCCCCCUGGUGCUGCCCGCUUUGCCCAGGACACCUCUGGUGGCAGGAGAUGCGGGUCAAGGCCCCGCUGGGCCUGGGGCUUGUAACAUCAUGGACCAGGUGAGGUCAGAAGGGGGACGACCACAGCCCUCCCAGACUCAGACCAUUGUCCUGACUCAGGCCCCACCCAACUGGAAUGCUCCAGGGACCACCUGCGGGGGUGCUGUGUGUCCUGCACCCCUCUUCUUGGAAGCCUCUGCGGUGGAGACGAUUAUGCCCGCCUCGGCUUUUGGGGGCACCCAGGCCGGCAAUGGAGGCUGGUGUCCCUGCCUUCCUCCUCCAGCUCCACCACCAGCUGCCCAGCUGGCCCCCAUCGUCCCCUCAGUGAAUGCUGGGGCUUCGAGGAAGGGUGGCCUGGCCACCUCCCAGUCCAAGACCUCGCCGGAUGACUCCUGUAACCCCAACAGUGUGUACAAAAAUUUCCGACGUUGGCAGCGCUUCAAGGCCCUGGCCUGGAAGCACCUUCCCCAGAGUCCUGAUGCAGAAGCUCUGUCCUGCUUCCUCAUCCCGGUGCUCCGGUCCCUGUCCCGCCUGAGGCCCACCAUGACGCUGGAGGAGGGAAUGUGGCGGGCCAUGCAGGAAUGGCAGCGCAAGAGCAACUUUGACCGGAUGAUCUAUUAUGAGAUGGCAGAAAAGUUCAUGGAGUUUGAGGCGGAGGAGCAGAUGCAGCUUGAGAAGUUCCAGUGGAAGAAGGGGGUUCAGACCCAGCCCCCUCCUGCCCCACCGAGACCUGAUCCUCGGGGGCCCCCAGCCCCAGUGGUUGGCGGGCAGCCAGUGCGCACUCCCAGGAUGGCUGUACCCAGCGCCCAGCACAUCCGAAGACACCAACGGCCCCAGGAGACAAAGUCACCCAAUGAGAUCCCCCCGGAGGCCGUGAGAGAGUACAUGGACAUCAUGGACCAUCUGCUGGGACUGCCGCACUCAGCCACCGAGGCGCCAGGCGGAGGAUGGGAAGAUGAAGUAAAGGAGUGGCUGCAGGAUGAGGGUCUCCUGAGCUACCUGGACCAGCUGUGCUCCCAGGAAGACUUUGUCACCCAGGUGGAGGCGGUCAUUCACCCCCAAUUCAUGGAACAAAUAAUGUCCCCAGAUGCACAGCAAGAUCCCUUGGCGCUAGCUGAGGAGUUGGAGCAGGAAGAAGGGCUCACUGCUGCCCAGCUGGUAGAAAAGCGACUCCUGGCCUCCAAGGAGGGGGGUUUGCAGUCACCCUCAAGUCACGGUGCUCCCCUGUUGAACUCAAGUUCUUCUGAGUCUGAGAUCGGCCAAGAUGCCCAGAGGCAUGACCGUGGCCCCCAGCUGGGGGUCAGGGACAAAGCCUGCCCACCAGAGACUGACUUCACGGACCAGCAAAGGCACGGCCCAGCAGAUGCCCACCGGCCCAGGCCCCAGGCUUCUGCUAUCUCUGCGGGGCGUCAGGAGCACCCACCACUCUGGGCUCGAUGUCCCCCCUCGGCUCCCCAGGGCCCCGGGCCUGCUGACUGUGCACUGGGCCCCAGGGAGGCCUGCGUCCCCAGAGAGGCCUCUCUUGUCAGAGAGACUCUUGAGCCAGACAGGUCCAGUGAGGAUGAGGAGGACCUCCCCAGCUUGGCCUUCCUCUUGGGCUCUCCUAAUAGCCUGUUGCCCUGUGGGCUCUCUCUCAGUCCUGUCCCUGCCUCAGGCCUUGCCUGCCCUGGAGGUCGGGGGCCCCGGGGAGCUGCCCAGUCCCAGUUUUUUCAAACACUAGGUCUCACCCGAGCUUCACCUGCAGCUUCCAAAUCUCGGAAGCGUGCUCUGGCGGGAGGCCCCGCCCAUGCUGAGAAGACCCCCCGCCCGGGGGCCAACCUGGGGGUCUGUGGGAGGCCAGCACUGGCUCUGGAGCUGGUUUGCACCUCACAGCCUCAAAAGAAAAAGUGUGACCUGGCUGUCACAGGGAGGAGUAAUAAGUGA